UAGUUUGCGGCGAGUAGCUGAGACGACAACACGCAUAAUAAAAAAAAAGCCGGCACAGCGGAAAACAGUUAUACAAACAAUUAAAACACAUGUAAACGUAUGUGUACGUACAAAUAAAUUGAAAGAGCGAGACGCAACGAAAACAAAGCAAAGUCACAAUGACUCAGCUAAAAUUACUUGGCAGCAGUGCCAUCAUAAAUUGCCUGAAAACAACUGAAAUGAAGUGCUAUGCAACAGUUGCUCUGCAGCAGCAGCGCCAGCGUGGCUAUGGAACAACACCCAAUCCGGCAGAAGGAAGGCCGCUUAAGGAGAUGCCAACGGCAAAGAAGUUGACUGCACUUUGGAAUUUCAGACCAGGUGGCAAAUAUGACGGUGCCGACUUGAAUGACAUAUCCAAGGGACUGCUGAAAGACGCAAACAGCGAUAUCGUCAUGUUAUCUGGUCUUUUUGGUAAGCCACCAAUUGUGCUCACCCAGAAUCCCGAUGAUUUCGAAACUGUUUUUCGCCACGAUGGUGCCUAUCCCUAUCGCAAGGGCUUCGAGCUGCUCAACUAUUAUCGCACGGUGUACCGUAAGGACUAUUUCGGGGAGGAACCGGGACUGAUUACGUCACAGAACGAGGAGUGGGGUAAAAUGCGAUCGGCUGUAAAUCCAAUUAUUAUACAUCCAAAGAACGUCAAACUUUAUUUGGGCUCAUUGGACAAGAUCAACCAGCAGUUUAUAGAUCGCAUCAAGCAAAUUCGCGAUGUUGAGACGAAUGAAGUUCCUGAAAAUUUUAAGGAGGAGAUCAGCGCUUGGACAUUGGAAUCUGUGGGAAUGGUUGCUUUGGAUCGUCAGUUAGGACUCAUAGACAACAGUAAUCCAACAGGUCGUCACUUCUUUACGUUGCUUCGACGAUUCUUCGAUCUGGCCGUCGAUCUUGAGAUUAAGCCCUCUUUGUGGCGUCAGUUCAAGACGCGCAAACUAAAGGAGGUGCUCGGCUUAUUGGAUGAAGCUAUCGACAUUACGGAUGGCUAUGUUCAGGAGGCAAUUGAUCGCAUCGAGAAGGAUAAGAAUGUGAAAAGCGAUGCUGAGAAGAGUGUGCUAGAGAAACUGUUAGCCAUCAAUCGCAAAUAUGCUGUUGUGAUGGCCAUGGACAUGCUCUUUGCUGGAGUCGACACAACAACAAGCACUUUUGCCGCUAUACUCCUAGCACUCGCUCAACAUCCGGAGAAACAGGCAAAGUUACGCGCGGAAAUACGCGGCAUUCUGCCAGAGAAGGAUACGCCUCUGACUGUGGAGUCCAUGAAGAAUUUGCCUUAUUUGCGUGCCUGCAUCAAGGAGAGCCUUCGCUAUUACCCACUGACCUCGGCUAAUGUGCGCACCAUACGCCAGGAGCUGGUGCUCAGCGGUUACAAGGUGCCUAAAGGCAGUGAGGUAGCCAUGGUGCACUUGAACCUCUGGCGCAAUCCCAAACACUUUUCGCAAGCAGACGAGUUUAUACCUGAGCGUUGGCUGCGUGAGAGUCAAACGGAAAAGGAGUCCGGUUGCCCGGUGGCCACGAAGUCCAGUCAUCCGUUUGCAUACUUGCCGUUUGGCUUUGGGGCACGCAGUUGCAUUGGACGACGCAUUGCCGAAAUGGAGCUGGAAGUCGGUGUGGCACGUUUGCUGAGACACUUCGAGGUUGAGUUUAAUCAUCCGGCAGAUAAGCCCUUUAUUGCCUAUCAGCUUUCCACGCCUCGCAUUCCUUUGCAGUUCAAAUUCACGGACUUGAAGGAUUAGCAAAACAGUAUUUGUUGCCUAGUUUUUCAACAUGAUUUCAUAGUUGUAAAGAUUUUUACUUUGUUUACGUCAUUAGAAUGCAAAUUUUGCAAAUGGUGAAUACAACUCAAGUUAAUUUAUUCAAAUGCCAAGCGAAUGAAUAAUAAAUUGAAACUUCCUGCACUAAUUUCUACGCCACAAGCUUGUCAACU